AUAGAAAUACAUUAUCAACACAAGCAAUAUUAUUGCGUGCUAAUGACUAUAAAUCGAAAUCAACACAAACAACAUUAAUACGUCCUAAUGAAAAUAAAUUGAAUCGUUUGAAUCGUAUCAUUUUUGGAAAUAGAAUAUUUGAUGAACCAAAAGAUAUCGAACGUGUAUUAAAAGAAGUAUUGUCGGAAUUCCAAACUUCGAAGGAUGUUAGACGUCAAAGUACUGAAAUGGGUGUGCAAAUAAUGAAAUAUCGUACAGCGAUUCGACAAUUUGUUAAAGAAGUGCGGGAUGAAAAGCUAGAAAAAUGUAAUAGAAUAGCUUUACAAUCUGCACUUAAUGAGGGUGGGAGAGAAGCUGUGGAGAAGUUAUUAAAGGUCGCAUUUUUGGAAUAUUCCAUGAAUUUCAUGUCUGAUGGAGACAAGCAAAGAUUUAACUCAUUGAAACAAUUAAGCGAUCUUAGUUUUCCAGCAGAAUGGCAUCCAGCUGCAAGAACUAUACAGCGCAAGAUCAUACUUCAUGUUGGUCCCACAAAUUCGGGAAAAACGUAUAACGCUUUAAAGUGUUUAGAAAAUGCAAAUUCUGGAGUGUAUUGUGGUCCUUUGCGUUUACUUGCACAUGAAGUUUUUGACAGAUUUAAUAAUAAGGGAGUUCCAU